AUGGUGUCCAAAACAAUCAACCUCAUCCUUCGAGGGGUCGAGUUCGUCUUUAUCGUCAUCAUCAUGGGCCUCAUUGGCAACGUUAUUGCCAUAGCUUUCGCCGGCAACCCCUCCCUGAUCAACUACGAUAUGUUCGUAGCGGCCUUUGCCAUGGUCUCGCUGUUCUACCUGGUCGCCGUCUCUUUCAACGACUCGUUCAUGGGCCACGCCAUCUUCCCCGUCAUUGUCGAUCUCCUCAACUGCAUUUUCCUCUUCUGCGCCGCCGUCGCCAUGGCUGCCGAGCUCAGAGUGCAUUCCUGCAGUAACAACUCCUACACUCUCCACAACCACCUCACGAACGGCGCCCGCGACAGGGAAGGCCGAUGCCGAGAAGAGCAGGCAGCUACCGCCUUCCUGUGGUUCACGUGGGCAGCCUGGAUGGCUAGCUUGUUCUUCUCCCUUCUUGAUGCUCGCAGUGGGGGUGUCAACCUGAGAGGACCUGUCCGCUCUAGAGGUGCGCGCCCAGCAAUGUCUCAGGUGUAA